UAUCAACUCCCUCGUCUUUCUCUUUUACGUUAUAUUCCCUUAGUUCUGUUAUCCUCUUCAUAAAAACACUUCCUUCUCAAGAGUUCUCAAGAUAGGAGCAAGGUUCUUCAAAUUUUCUGAAGUUGAUAGAGAAUUCAAGCUUCAAGGAGAGGGUUAGUAGCCAAUAGUUUUUGCAUCACCGUUGACGAUCAAAGUUAGUGAAGAGAGGAAAUGUCUCAGCCUGGGAACAAAGACCUGCGAGCUAUGUUCACCGGAGGGAACUCUUCUGCUGGGGCCUCUGGGCCCAAAAUGAAGAAGCUCCGGGUGGCGAAGAAAGCCGCUGGGACACCAUCCAAGUCCCCUGCAAAGGGGAAAUACCAGAUCCCAGCUGCCCAGGCCAAGGUACCUCCACCUUCUGCCGCAGUGGAGAAGAUGCCCCCGCCCCCUCCACGAGCUCUCGCCUUUGUUCAGGAUAUGGGAGCGGAGCCUGGGAUUUUGGCAACUUCAGUCCCCGAGGUGCACAUUCCGGUGGACCCCCAGGCCUUGGAGAAAAAUCCUGACGUCUUUCGGGGGACGGUGUACGAGACGGCGCCUACACCGUCGACCACUACUACGGCGCCACUGAAAGGGACCUGCGGGCGAUCGAAACAAGGAGCCUAGAGAGCGUGAUGGAGUCUUCAUUGGGAAUGGCUCUAACGGGUGCCUUGGCUCUUCACCGGAGCAUAUCUAGGUCCAAGGCUUGGCUCGAGGUCAUGAGGGGCGAGCACCAGGCUGUUUUGGCCGCACAGCAGACUACCUUGGCCGCCCUGAAGAUUGCCCAAAAGCAGGAACAUGAGGCUAAGGAUGCCUUGGCGGCCGCGCGGGCCGAGCUUGAUGCUUCCCGUCCCAAGCUGCAAGAGGUCGAGGCUACCAAGGCCGUGCUAGAAGCUGUAACGGCCGAACUCGAGGAGGCCAAGGCUGCCCGGGCCGCGCUAGACUUUGCGAAAACCGAGACCACGAAGGCCAAGGACGCCUUGGCAACGGAGAAGGCAGCUUCCAGCUCCGCCAUGGAGGACAUGCUAUACCACUGCUGGGUUUUCAACCCGGAUGGCGACUUCUCCUUCCUAGGAGCGGAUGUCAGGGAGCUCUUCCUGGAGGGGUUUAAAGCUCGUCUUCAGCAAGAGGUGCCUUCUGAGACCGGGGAGACCUCCACAGCGGCCGAGUAGGAGGGCGAGACGGCGACCUCAACGGAGCAGCCCGGUGGGGCCUAGGGCAUUUCUUUUUCGAACACUUAUUAUUAUUAUUUUUUUUGUAACUUUUGUAUGAGGUUUUUCAACCUCGAGACAAUUGGCUUUAUCCAUUUUUGCUUCUAUACACUUCGGUAAUAGUCUUGGUUUGCUUUUCUUUUUGUUGGUGCUAUGAUUUCUUAGGAAAAACAUGUUAACCAAUCUUUGACCCAACUUCUAAGAUAAGUCCCGGUUGCAUUUCAGACAUUGCAUUAAAAACUUAGUUCGCGUUAACUUCUUAUUGAUAUCUCGUGAUUUUUAAGAAAAACAACGAUCAAUCAAUUUGAAUUAACUUCUAAGUUUUAUGACCUGGUUAUGUCCAGGACGUUAGU